AUGCAGAUCGCCCGAAUUCUCCGCGCGCCGCCGCCGUUACGUGAAGGGCGCGGGGGCCGCGCGCCUCGACAGCCCGGCGCGCACGUGCGCUUUCACCCGAGCGCGGGGGGCGGGGCUGCUCCUGACGUCACAUAACGACCUGGAACUCCUGGACAGAGCAGUUCUGUCAACCACUGGCGCGCCCCCGGCACCUUCCAAUGUGAAGCUCCAAACAAAGGAGAAGCAGGUGACUCACGUGCGAGCACCGACGCCCGCGAGGCGGCCGCCAAGCAGCCGCCCCCGCGCACGGCACGCAUCGGAUACACUGCCGAAGAGAGUGAGGUGGAUCUCUUUGGCACACCCUUUAUGAACCUCAGUUUCGUGGGCAAAACACUCUUUCAUCCACGCUUUCAUCUAGCACCGUUCUCCGCAAUUUCUCCAACCACAGAAGUCCGUUACGCCUCUUCCCGCCGGUCGAAGCGCGUCGCGGGCCGUGUUCUGUUCUCCCGCCCGGAGGACACGUCAGCUGAUGGGCCGCCAAACGAAAGGCUGAAAGGAAAAUCUGGAUCACUUUCGUCUUCGGCGAGUCGGGGGGGGGCGCUCUCCGGGGCCCAGCGAGUGCGGCUGCGGCGGAGGCCGCGCGACGGUGGCAGUGGCCGUGGAGGCGGAGGCGAGACUUUCACUGGGAGACUGCUCACGCGCGGCGCGGCGCUCCGCGAGGACCGCCGGCCCCCGGCGCCGCGGCCACUCUGCUCUCUCGGCGGACGACGCCAGACGAGUGGAGAGGAGAGGGCGCGAGAAGAGGGAAGAGCGGAGCGGCGCGACGCCGCACUCCCGCAGCUGCACGUGCCACACGCCGCCCGCGCGCAGUUGCGGUCCGCACGUCGCCCAGCCGCGCCAGGAGCCAACGCCAGGAGCCAGCAGACGGCCUGA